GGAAACAAGUCCUCGUGUGAUAAUCAUAGGGGGAUCAGCCUAACGAACAUAGUCUCUAAAAUCCUAGGCUCAGUAAUCAUGCAUAGACUAAGCAGAACUCGGGAGGAACAGACAAGGGAAAAUCAAGCAGGCUUUAGACCAGGUAGAGGGUGCAUAGAUCAUAUCUUCACUCUUCGACAGAUUCUAGAACAUAGACACACUUUUCGGCGUCCAACAAUUGUCAUAUUUCUUGACUUGAAGGCGGCCUUCGACUCCGUGGAUCGAAAGGUACUAUGGCAAUGUCUGACUGUGAAGGGAGUGCCAAGAAAGUACAUUGCACUAAUCAAGGCACUCUAUUCAAACUCACGUAGUCGUGUAAGGGCUUAUGGGGAAUUGUCAUCUGAAUUGGUAACAACCAGUGGUGUCCGACAGGGAUGUCCACUUUCCCCAUUUCUGUUUAACUUCAUCAUAGAUAUGCUAAUGGAAGUAUCCUUAACUGAACGUAGUGACUUAGGAAUCGACUUGUUACCAGGGAAUAAUCUAAUGGACUUAGAAUAUGCAGAUGACAUAGUCCUGUUAGGGGAGGAUGCUGACAAAAUGCAGAGUCUUCUGAACACCUUGAGCAGCAAUCUUCGUAUGUUUGGCAUGCGAUUCGCCCCUGCAAAAUGUAAGAUGCUGCUACAGGACUGGACCACGUCAACCCCUAACUUAGUGAUAGGGAGUGAAGUGAUAGAACAUGUUGACCACUUCACCUACUUGGGAAGUUGUAUUAGCACCAACGGACUGAUUGGCGAUGAAAUCUCAGCACGGAUCCGAAAAGCUCGAGCUGCUUUCGCUGACUUACACCAUCUCUGGCGUAGGCGUGACAUCCGGUUAUCAACCAAGGGACGUGUGUACUGCUCAUCAGUUCGCUCCGUCCUUCUCUAUGGCUCUGAAACAUGGCCAAUACGCGUUGAAGACAUGAAAAGGUUGACUGCUUUCGAUCAUAGAUGUCUGCGAUCUCUGUCUCACGUUAGGUGGUUUAACAAGGUAAGUAAUGUUGACGUUAGGCGUAGAGUGUUGGGCAAAGAGGGAAAAUCAAUCGACGAGGCUAUAAAGUUACAUAGACUAAGAUGGCUAGGUCACGUGCUGCGCAUGCCUAACCACCGCCUCCCCCGACGGGCAUUGCUAGCUGAUAUAGGUUCAGGUUGGAAAAGAGCCAGUGGUGGCCAAACAAAAACAUGGCAUCAAUCCAUGAAAUCCUUGACAGUUAAACUGAGUCAGGUAGGGAGAUGCAGACUCCCGGGUUGGGGCCCUCGGGACUCUAGGAAUCAAUGGCUGGAGACAAUAGGUGACAUGGCUCAAAAUCGUUGUCAAUGGCGCAGAUGUAUUCAGUCUCUGUAAUCUUUCAUAUUCCUUUCUACCAUUACCCAUUCUGUUUCACUCUUAUAUUUGUCAAACUCUAUUGAUUCUCUUCACUCAUCUUCUUGUCUACCUCUGUGUGCUAUUUGGAAGGUGGCAACUCGAACUGCUGCACUUCGGUGCCAAGUUCUAUGUUGAAUCCAGACAGACAGACAGAAUGUCUUCAAAAAAUCAUCAUUAUUACUAGGAAUUACUUUCCAUAGAAUUUACCAUUACUUUGCUCACUCUGAUAUCUACCAAAUAAAUGACGAUGAAGGGUAUAAAAUAAACGAAAACAAAACGGAAGUAAUUGAAAAGCAACUUACAGAGGCGUUAAAAAAAGAAUGAAGAACAAUCAUCUGAUUCGUGAAGAAUUUUAUGAAGGGAUUAUACUGACAAGAUUUUUAAUAUCACAUCUCUAUCUCUUAAGAUUUAGAUAUGAUGGAGAAGAUUUGUUUUUAUUUAUUUAUUUAUUUAAACGCAUAAAAACUUGGUACAAUAUGGCACCAAGAAGGAUGCGCCACACAAUAAUAAUAAAAC